AUGGUGAGUGAAGAUGCCACAUUUAGGGAAGAAGUGAAGUUUAUAUCAGAAAUGUUUUUGAAGAGGGGAUAUCCUAGUGGUUUAGUGGCAGUGGUGGCCAAAGAGGUGAUUAAAAAGAGAAUAGAUGGCAUUUUCCAACCCAUUUUGGGCAGGCCUGAUCGGAAUAAUGGUAGAGGUCAGGUAGCCUAUCAGGGCUGGAGGUGGACGUUUUUUAUUUGUGCCAUUCCAGGAUUUAUUGUGAGUGCUGUUAUCCUACUUACUGUCCAGGAGCCUCUUCGUGUAGGGACUGGUCGGGGUGACUUGCGAACUGCAGUCUCAUCCAAUUUCUCUUUCAAGCAGAAGCUUGCAAAGAUUUUGAAUCCUUUUUUGAGUCCCUCUCUGCUUUUGUUAUGCUUAGCUGGAUCCAUCAGAAAUGCAGGUGGAUAUGUUUGGGCCUAUAAUGCACCGCUGUAUUUCAAUCUCUACUACCCUGAGACUGAUGUAGGACUGUGGCUCUCCUGGAUACCAAUGGUUGGAGGGAGCUUUGGAGUUUUGUUUGGAGGAUUCAUUUCUGACCGUGUAGUGAAGAGGAAGGGUAUACAUGCAAGAAUCUGGGUUUUGGUUUUAAGUCAGAUGAUCGCUGCUCCAUUCUUGGUGGGAGCUUUGUGGUUUUCUCCACCAUAUUCUUUCCUGAUUCUUAUUCCUGCAUAUAUUAUUGGAGAAAUGUGGGUUGGUGUUACUUUGGCUAUUUUAGUGGAGCUGGUUCCUCCAGUUGUCCGCACCUCUGCUGUGGCAUUCUACCUCUUCAUCAUAACAAACAUUGGUGGCAAUGUGCCCUUAUUGGUCCCUCCUCUCACAACAUUGUAUGGAUUAAGAAUUGCACUUCUGAUCCUGUAUCCAGGAAUGUAUGUUCUUGCAGACGGUCUUCAGUGCUAUGGCUGCAACAUUAUCGUUGGCACAAAAUACAUCAACAAAGGAUGCUCCAACCCAGAAGUCAUCACCUGCUCACAUUAUUAUAAAGGAUUCAAGCACCGAUUCUGCAUUAAGACAGAGAGCAUGGUGUCUGGAGUCUUACUGACCAGUGGCUGUGCUACAUCCCGUCACUGCCAGUUGAAGGAAUUGCCAGGUGUGAAGAUCGACUGUUGUGAGGCUGACCUAUGUAACAGUACCCAAAGGGGCAGUGCCCAUGGACUGCAUGCAGCUCUGCCAUUCACAAUGCUGGCACUUGUUUGGGCUUUAUAAUUUAAAAAAUUUAGCACACAUGCAACCACUUUUGACAUUUUCACCACUAAAAUUUGAUUGGGUCCGAUAAUUAAAAAAGUCACCAAAUCUCAAACAACUUGAAUAUUUCCUACACAAAUGAAGAACCUUGUAAUAAAACCUAAUAUAAACUCCAAUUUAUGUAUAGACCAGGCCUUUGCAAUUAUCAUCACUCCUACUAUUUGAAGAGAUAUUUCUGACCAUCAGUGAUGUCCUUACUCUGAAAAUAGUAAUCUUCUUCAUAUUUUACAAGAAUUGUUUAUGCUUCUUUCAUUUAUUUUUAUCAUAACAACUUGACACUUGUGACAUUUUUUUAACACCAGUUGGUAUGCAGGGCAUUUAAUUUGUUAUCCUAGAAAAUGGUUUCCCAUUGUGACUUUACUUAAGAAAGGCUGAACACUCAGGUAAACACAAACCAUCUCUGAAACAGAAGGACAGCUGCUUCUGUCCCCAUUUCAGACAUAUCUGACACAAACGAGUUUUCCUUUAGUGUGUGUUAUCAUUGCAUUUUAAUGUGUUCUCACAUAAUGCACUGACGUUACAGCUCGAUAGGCUGGUGAUCUGUCAUAGAAAAUAGCUACUUUUCACCUGAAAUAUGACAUUUCUUUGCUUACUUUAUCAAUUUAAAAGAAAAACAGUAAAGCAGAGGCUUUUAUUCCCCGACACCCUUCACCUGACUCAGAUAAAUGUUAAAGUUGUGGUCACCUUAUCCUGUAGUUGAGGAAAUACUUCUUUUUAAAACUUUUCAAUUAGAUGAAAUCUGGCAGAAGGGAAUGACCACAUUGUGAUACAACCCUCCCUAGUAAAAAAUGUAAUUAAUUACAUAAUAAAUUGUUCUUGAUUUCUCUUUUUCUUCAGCUUUGUCUUCUAGGUGGAGAGAGCAAUGAGAGUGUCAUUAUUAAGACAGCCAAGAAAAUGUGAAAAUGUACUAAAUCUGUUUGAUCAGCCAUUUGAAAAUGUACUAAAUCUGUUUGGUCAGCAGGUGGCCUUGCUACAUCAGUUCUCAGCUUUAAUCAGAGUUCGUUAGCAUUAUUACUUUUUCUAAUGGUUUCUUUAGGCAGAAAUGCACGUGAAACACUAUCUUAUUUCCUUAUAUUUCACAUUUCCAGCACAAUGGUUUCUCCGGUACUUUAAUAAUUUGUGCAUGUAUAGAUAAAGUACACCAUUAUAGAUUCUGUCAUUUUCAAAUAAAUAGAGAACCAUUUUACAUGGGUAUUCCA